UGUUGUCGUUGUCGUCCCGAAAGGAUUUAUGAUAAAGAAACAUUUCAAGUGAUAGACGAAAGGUUAUUGCUUGCUUGUCGUCAAGCAAAAUUAAGAGUCAAGAGUGUUUUGACUUUAGCUCCAUUUAUAUGAAUUAGUCACUAGCUCAUAAUUUGUUAGGAAAGUGGGUGUGGAUGUUUUGUGGAAAAUAAGGGCAUGUUGUGCAAAGUUGAUUUUGGUCUUUCGUAGGUUGGUGGGAAUUUUGUAUGCUUUGUCUGGCUUUACUGAACCACUAAGUUACCCUGACAAGGUCUAGCUUAGCUUUCUACAUUUGAGCUUGGACAGCUGCUGUUGGCAAUCAGAACAGAGAACAAGCUUGGGUUGAUGGUCGAUGGAGCCAGCUGCUUAUUGAGUGGUUUAGUUUCUGGACGCGAGCAAGCAAUGUUAUUUUUGUAGUCAUUUGCUCUAUACUAUCAUAAUGUGGAACUUCGCAUCCAAUUGCAUAGCCGGCAGCAUCGGACUCAAGAAUGAUUCUAAAAAACCAAAUGAAGCUUGUUUGGAAUGCUCAGAUGAUGAUGCUUCUUCAGAUUCUAGCAAAGAGGAGGGACUAGAGUGCCCAAUAUGCUGGGAAUCUUUCAACAUAGUUGAAAACGUGCCCUACGUUUUAUGGUGUGGCCAUACAAUGUGUAAAAAUUGCAUCCUGGGGUUACAAUGGGCUGUUGUCAAAUUUCCCACUUUACCCAUUCAACUUCCGCUUUUUAUCUCCUGCCCUUGGUGCAAUCUCUUGUCUCCCCGUUUGGUUUACAAGGGUAAUCUAAAGUUCCCUCGCAAGAAUUUCUUUCUCCUCUGGAUGGUUGAGAGCAUGAACGGUGAUAGAGUGAAAUUUCAUUCCACCUUCUGUGGGGAUCAACCACCAAUAUGGCCAUCUAAUUGCAAGUUAGCAUUGGGAAGUCAAAUAAGCAACCCUACUGUCAGGAGGGGUCAAUACAUUCGCUAUUCAGAGCCAUCGGGUUCAAACCUUGACCACAACCCCGUCAAUAAUCACCUCACUGUGGAGAGACUGCACACUUCCCUUAGGAAAUCUCUGGUUUUCUUUGUUCAUUUGACUGCAAAGUUCCCACUGGUUCUCAUAUUUCUUCUGAUUGUCUUGUAUGCAAUACCCGCUAGUGCAGCCAUCUUGGCCUUGUACAUACUCAUCACGGUUCUAUUUGCUUUUCCAUCGUUUCUCAUUCUGUACUUUGCAUAUCCAAGUUUGGAUUGGCUGGUGAGGGAAAUCAUCACUUGAGAUGCCAAUGCCUUUUGCUUCCUAGUUUGUGAGCGCUGUGGAUAGUAUUUCUCACCCCCAAAAUGGUAUUUCUAUCCAAAUCGCAUCAGUGGUGUAAUUUGAUGAAUCCACUUCUUUCAAAAACCAAGUUCCCAUUCAGGACUGUUAAACCUACAUCCUGUUUUGGUGUCAGUACAAGUAUGCUAGCUUUGGUUAAUUUGGGUUGCAUUGGUUUUCCAGCAAGUAAACAUCGUCUAUCUGCCAACGCAAAGUUGCUUUUGUGUAUAAGUUGCAGUUGAAUAGUGAUUGUCUAAAUUGGUUGAUUUCUGGUUGGAAAGCUUCUUUUCUUGCUUGUAUGAAGACUUAUAAAUGUAUGUUAUAUGAUUGCAAGUUUUAUGUGAAUGCAAUGAUUAGAGAUGUCUCUUGAUUCC